AUGCCUCUCCGCGCCAAAGUCACCAACCCGGCCUUUGGCUCAACCGCCAAGAUGUCCACCUCUCCCGAUCUCCCCAAAGAGCUGCCCGGCGACGAGCCCGAUGACGUUCUGUUCAAUUCCCUCUACGGAGUCCGAUUGAUCGAGCUCAACCGACCCAAGAAGCUCAAUUCUCUGAAUGGAUCGAUGGCUCGGAAGAUCCUCCCUCGACUGAAGGAAUGGGAGAAAUCUCAACUCGCCAAUGUGGUCAUGGUCUCCGGCGCUGGAUCCAAGGCGCUCUGCGCUGGAGGUGACGUUGCCGCUCUGGCCCUACAGAACGAACAAGGUCCCGAGGGCCAGCAAAAGUCCACCGAUUUCUUCGGCCUCGAAUACUGUCUCGACCACACCAUUGCGACCUACCCCAAACCCUUCAUCUCCGUUAUGGAUGGCAUCACCAUGGGCGGUGGUGUCGGACUCAGCGUGCACGCCCCCUUCCGCAUUGCGACGGAGCGCACCGUUUUCGCCAUGCCCGAGACGACCAUCGGCUUCUUCCCGGAUGUGGGCGGCUCGUUCUUCCUCCCUCGUCUCGAUGGUGAAGUCGGUACCUACUUGGCCCUUACCUCGGAGCGACUGACGGGCGUUCAGACCCUCUACGCCGGCAUCGCCACGCAUUACCUGCACUCGAGUGUCCUCAGCAACCUGACCUCCCGCCUGGCCGAGCUGGUUUUCAAGGACUCCGCAUCCCUCCCGGAGCGUCUCGACCUGGUCAACAAGACCAUGGCUGAGUUCUCCACAGGUCUUCCCUCUCUGCAGGAGGAGCCUAUGCUCCUGGCUGGCAGCCUCCGCAGCGCCAUUGACCGCUGCUUCAAGUUCAACACCGUGGAGGAGAUCCUGGAGGCGUUGGAGAAGGAAACCGAGCACAAGGAAUGGGCGCAGAAGACGCUGCAGACGCUCUCCAUCCGCUCGCCCACCUCGCUGCGCGUGGCCCUGCGCCAGAUGCGCGUCGGCAAGAAGUGGUCCAUCUCCGAGACCUUCCAGCGCGAGCACCACAUCGCCGCCAAGUUCAUGCAGCACCCCGACUUCGUCGAGGGCGUCAAGGCCCGUCUGAUGUCCAAACCCGCGCGCCAGGCCUCGUGGCAGCCCGCCACUCUGCAAGAAGUUACGAACGCCGAUGUCGAUGCUUUCUUCCAGAUCCCCCAGGGCGAGACUCGUCUGCCGCUUCUGAGCGAGACCGACUACGACAACUACCCGCAUGCGCACUACGCUCUCCCCAGCGAGGCGGAGAUCGAGAAGGUUGUGCGCGGUAACACGCAGGCCCAGGACAAGGUCGUCAGUGAGUUUGUCCAGAAGUGGGGUAACAAGGAGGGUGUCCGCGAGAAGGUGGCUGAGGUGUUGGCUCGUCGGACUGUGAGAACCCCCGAGGGCCUGCAAUGGGUGGAGUGA